GUCAAGGCGACAGCGGAAGCAGAGCACUCCGCAGCAGCGAAAGAAGGAUCCAGCCUCAGGAUGCAGAGCACCACCAACUACCUGUGGCUGAUCUCAGACCUGCUGGGUCAGGGGGCCACGGCCAACGUGUACCGGGGCCGGCACAAGAAAACCGGGGACCUGUACGCCGUGAAGGUGUUCAACAACCUGUCCUUCUUGCGGCCGCUGGACGUCCAGAUGAGAGAGUUUGAGGUCCUGAAGAAGCUCAACCACAAGAACAUCGUCAAGCUGUUCGCCGUGGAGGAGGAGUCCAACACGCGUCACAAGGUUCUGGUGAUGGAGUACUGCCCGUGUGGCAGCCUCUACACGGUUCUGGAGGAGUCGUCCAACGCCUUCGGGCUGCCGGAGGACGAGUUCCUGCUGGUUCUGCACGACGUGGUGGCGGGCAUGAACCACCUGAGGGAGUACGGCAUCGUGCACCGCGACAUCAAGCCGGGGAACAUCAUGCGCGUCAUCGGGGACGACGGCCACGCCGUCUACAAGCUCACCGACUUCGGGGCGGCGAGGGAGCUGGAGGACGACGAGCAGUUCGUGUCCCUGUACGGCACCGAGGAGUACCUGCACCCCGACAUGUACGAGCGUGCCGUGCUGAGGAAAGACCACCAGAAGAAGUACGGGGCCACGGUCGACCUCUGGAGCAUCGGGGUCACCUUCUACCACGCAGCAUCCGGGAGCCUCCCCUUCAGGCCCUUUGAGGGGCCACGCAGGAACAAGGAGGUCAUGUAUAAGAUCAUCACGGAGAAGCCCUCCGGCUCCAUCUCAGGUCACCAGAAGUGUGAGAACGGGAAGAUCGAGUGGAGCACCGAGAUGCCCACGUCCUGCAGCCUGUCCAGGGGUCUCCAGAGCCUGCUGACCCCGGUGCUCGCCAACAUCCUGGAGGCGGACCAGGAGAAGUGUUGGGGCUUCGAUCAGUUCUUCGCCGAGACCAACGACAUCCUGCACCGCACGGUGGUCUACGUGUUCAGCCUGCAGCAGGCCACGCUGCACCACCUGUACAUCCACGAGUACAACACGGCGGCGCUGUUCCAGGAGCUGAUGUCCCGCCGCACCAGCAUCCCGCUGCACAACCAGGAGCUGCUGUACGAGGGCCGGCGGCUGCUGCUGGAGCCGGGCCGCCAGGCCAAGAGCUUCCCCAAGACCUCCAGGGACAACCCCAUCAUGCUGGUCAGCCGCGAGGCCGUCGCCACCGUGGGACUCAUCUUCGAGGACCCCAGUCCUCCCAAAGUGCAGCCGCGCUACGACCUGGACCUGGACGCCAGCUACGCCAAGACGUUUGCGGGGGACGUCGGACAUUUGUGGAAAACCGCUGAGUCUCUGCUGGUUUAUCAGGAGCUGGUGAGGAAAGGAGUCCGAGGGUUGAUAGAGCUCAUGAAGGAGGACUACAGUGAGAUCCUCCACAAGAAGUCUGAGGUCUUCACUCUGUGCAGCCUGAGCACUCAGAUCCUGGAGAGGACCGAGCAGCUGUUCGAGGCCUUGAUGCCGGCCAGCUUGAUGUCAUCAGAAUACAACGAGAUCUCCGACAUGCACAAGAAAGUUCUCCGAAUCUCCGUGUCUUUGGAGCCGAUAGAGCGAACAUCUCAAGACGUGAAGAACAAGUUCGUCUCUGGAGGACUGCUGACGGACGGCUGGCUCCAACAAGUGGGGACGCACCCCGAGGACAGGAAUGUGGAGAAGAUCAAAGUUCUGCUGGACGCCAUCACAGCUGUUUACCACCAAUUCAAGAAGGACAAAGCUGAGAGACGUUUGCCGUACAACGAGGAACAGAUCCAUAAGUUUGACAAGCAGAAGCUGGUGCUCCAUGCCAGUAAGGCCCGGUCUCUGUUCACAGAGGAAUGUGCCAUGAAGUACCGCCUCUUCAUCUCCAAGAGCGAGGAGUGGCUCAGGAAGGUUCACCACGUGAAGAAGCAGCUGCUCGGCCUGUCGGGUCAGCUGGUCACCAUCGAGAAGGAGGUCACCAUGCUGAUGGAGAGGGCCAUCAAGAUGCAGGAGCAGCUGCCCCAGAAGGUUCUCCCCCUGGUGUCCGGUGGGAUGAAGCCUCAGGCCUACCUGAGCCAGAACACGCUGGUGGAGAUGACUUUGGGGAUGAAGAAGCUGAAGGAGGAGAUGGAGGGCGUCGUCAAGGAGCUGGCAGAGAACAACCACUUCCUGGAGAGGUUCGGGACUCUGACGCUGGACGGCGGUCUGAGAGGUUAAAGGUCAACAGACCACGACCUCGUCUUCUUCUUCUGUUGUACAUAUUCUGUGUUGAUGGUGUAAAUAAUGUGGAAGCUGUGUUGUGUUUACCUGGAGAACUAUUGGCCUUGUUUGACCUCUGAAACCACAGCGGAGCCUCUGAAGGAACCAAGAACCACUUAAAGGAACCAAGAACCUCUUAAAGGAACCAAUAACCUCUUAAAGGAACCUCGAACCCCUUAAAGGAACCUAGAACCUCUUAAAGGAACCUAGAACCUCUUAAAGGAGCCAAGAACCCCUUAAAGGAACCGAGAACCUCUUAAAGGAACCUAGAACCCCUUAAAGGAACCAAUAACCUCUUAAAGGAGCCAAGAACCCCUUAAAGGAACCGAGAACCUCUUAAAGGAACCUAGAACCCCUUAAAGGAACCAAGAACCCCUUAAGGAACCUAGAACCUCUUAAAGGAGCCAAGAACCCCUUCAGGAACCUAGAACCUCUUAAAGGAGCCAAGAACCCCUUAAAGGAACCAAGAACCCCUUCAGGAACCUAGAACCUCUUAAAGGAACCUAGAACCUCUUAAAGGAGCCAAUAACCCCUUAAAGGAACCAAGAACCCCUUAAGGAACCUAGAACCGGAUCCCUGGGUCUCAGUGGAGAACCUUUCCGAGACGUUUCAGGCUUUGAGGUUCUAACGUUCUAUUUCCUGUUUCUUCUCCGAUCGCUAAUCAAUGGAGUUCUGUUAAUCAAUAAGUCAGGUGUCACAUGAAGAAGGCCCUCUUAACCUUCAUCUUCAUCGUUUACUCACCAAUAAGUUCAUGUUUUGUUUGAUCUGCAUCAAAAUGCUCAACUUGUUUAAAACAUGUAAAUAAAUGUCUUGAAGAUGGA